GUCCAACGAGUCGUGUCUGUCGGCGGCAGUGAAAGCAGCGUGGAUGGCGAUGAAGCACGUCGGUGGGAAGCUCAUCAUUUGCGCCAGCUCGAUAGCAUCGGUUGGUCCGAACGCGUUGAAGUCGACGAAGGAAAAUCUGAGGUUGCUCAACACUGACCGGGAGAUUGAGAUGCUUAAGCCUACAAUGGAAGGGUUCAAAGAGUUGGCUGCUGAUCUCACCCGGGUUCAAAUCACGGCAGAGAUGUUUUUAACUACCAAUAUGUACAUGGACAUCGCCUCGAUAUCACCCCUGGCGCGUUACACUGGAGGCGACAUCAGAUACUAUCCUGGCUUCCGAGCUGACAUCCACGGGGAGAAGCUGCGAGAGGAGCUGCAACACGUGUGCACGAGAGACAUGGGCUGGGAGGCGGUCAUGCGUGUGCGUGUUAGCAAAGGAUGGAAAGUCACUAACUUUUAUGGUCACAUGUUCGUCAGGACUCGCGAUCUGCUCGUUGUCCCUAACUGUCACGAAGACCAGACUUUUUCUAUUACGCUGGAGCCAGAUGCCGAUGUAAAAUUAGAUCCUUUCGUAUGCGUACAGUGUGCGCUGCUAUUCACUACCUCCAAUGGCGAACGAAGGAUACGAGUGCACACGGUGCAGUUGCCUACUACGGGCAAUAUAGAUGAGGUUCUUGAUACGACCGAUCCGGAAGCUGCCACGGGUUUGAUGGCUUCCUUGGCCUGUGAUAAGGCGAUGGAGGCCAACAGCAAGCUGUCUGACGCUAGGAAUCUGAUACAGAAUACUAUAGGCCAGAUAGUCACGUCCACGCAGUCUCACAUUGAAGCUGUGCGGCCGUUGCCACUACAUGUUCUGGGCCUCUUGAAAUCGCCGAUGUUCAGGGCGACUAGUGAUGUACCGUCGGACCAGAGGGUCUACUAUUGGACGAGGCAUGAGUCGAUCUCGCUCCCUCUGCAAGCCGCGCUCUUUUAUCCGAGGAUGUUCGCAGUUCACCAGCUGUCGGGCGAUGAAGGCACAGUCGAUCCGAACACCGAGAGAGUAGUUUUGCCGCACUGCAUCGCCCUGAGUGCCGAGAACAUGACUGGGGACGGAAUUUACCUUCAAGAAGAUGGGGAGUCUAUAUUGAUGUGGAUCGGCAAGGCUGUGUCGCCGCAGCUUCUACAUUCUCUCUUUAACAUACCAUCUCUGGACCAACUCGCGCUUGAAAUGGGGGUAAUGUGGUCUUUCACUGCGAGUCAGCGAGUGACGUCUAUUAUCGAUCAGCUGAGGCUGGAUAGAGCCCCUCCGAUGAUGCAGCUCAUCCUGGUACCUCAGGGCAGCCAAUAUGAGGUCCGAUUCUUCUCUAAUCUCAUCGAGGAUAAGACCAUCGGUAUGCAGAUGAGCUAUCAGGAGUUCCUUCAUCGCAUCGGUGGGAGCAAUCAACCAAGAG